ACUAAAAUAUGGCACGCGUCAGGCCAACAGCGGCCACGUAGAGAGCAGCACGGACGUGUAAACCUGGUAUUGACCAGAGUGAACAGAGAGUUGCUGAAAAGAAAGUUGCUCAGCAUGAAAAAUGGAGGAUCGGAUAAGAUCCUCUUCAUCACCAAUCGCAAUUAACCGCCACCGAAACUAAGAGAAAACAAGAAAUGUCACGCAUGAAGGUAGAUUGUCUGUACUUCACAACUUCAUUGAAGGAAGGUUUUCGCUACUUCAAAGCCUUCUUCGUUGGUCUGGCAAAGAAGGUGACAGCCAGAAGUGAGAAGGAAGCCACCGAAGCUGAUCUGCAGACUGCCAAGAUGCAGGUUGAAGCUGCUGAUGAAGCUGAGGAUACCAAGAAGAGACUUCAUAAAUCUAUUUUCAGGACGGAGAGCUAACCUGUCAGGAUGGUUAACAUAAAGUUUGUUGAUAUAAUUUGGAUUUGGAUCUGGAACAUAAAACUCAGCUGCAGAACGGUCAGGGAUGCCUAUUUCCCACAAUGUGGGACCAUCUCUUGGAGGCUCAAAUACAAGCUCACCCAGGUCAAUAUCACAACCUGCUUUAGUUUUUUUCCAAUCACAGAUUAAUUUUACUUUACAAUCUAAGAGUUAGGAGUUACAUGAAAUAUUUGAAAGAUAUACAAUACCUUCAGUUAUGGUAAUGAGAGCACCAUUUUGGUAAUCUCCAAUGAAGCCAGGGACCCAUGCAUAAAGAUUGUAGUCCCCAAUACGUAUAUCAUUGAUGGAAAAACAGCCAUUCGCAUCAGUUGUCGUCCAAAAUUGGUAACCCUGAUCAGAAACAGAACACAGAAGUUGGAGAAUUAAUCUAAACUAUGUUAUUAACAAGAAUACCAACUCGACACGACCUAACUGUGCUGUGUGCAUCUUCAUUUGAAUAUUGAAGCAAACAUUGUAG